AUGCUCGACGACACGAGCGGAGUGCCGCCGCAAAAGCUGGCAGCGCUGCACGUCCGUUUGCUCCACCUCCUGCUGGCGGACGAGGCGGCGAGCGGGUGGUGGCCGAGAGACGCGCAGCCGAGGGACGAGCCGCGCGACAGGCCAGGAAGCGGCGGCGCAGCGAGCGCAGAGGGAAGCAGCGCAGUGGUCGGUGGGGCGGACGAGGAGCCGCAGCAGCGCGUCCUGCGCGGCUCUCAGCUCGCAGCGCCGGUGGGGGCUGGCGGGUGGGCGGUCGAGGGCCUCGUCGGCUUCCGGCGGCGGCAGGAGCCGGGCCAGGCGGGGCGGGAGGAGUGGCUCGUCAAGUGGGCUGGCUACUCGAGGGGCAGCAGCACUUGGGAGCCCCUUGACAACCUCGGCGACAGCCUUCACGCGCAGGCCCCCCCGCAGCCCGCCGCGCGGCGGCUCCGGCGUGAGCACGACCGCCGCGGCGGCGGCAAGCCGCACCCCUCCACCGGAGUGCUGGUUGGCUUCGACGAGCGAUCGGGCCUGCACACCAUGGCCCUGGACGAGACGGCAGCCACGGUCGAGCUGCUGCUCGAGGGGGGUGGGGCGGUCGAGUAUCGCCUCCUCUCCUGCAUCGCGCCCCCGCGUCUGCUGCGCCGCGAGCGGCCGCGCCGGCCUGCUCCGGCCGAGACGCCGUUCGCGCCAUAG